GCGGCUGGAGAUGGGCGUGGAAAAGGCGAGCUGAUGAAAAUACUGUCAAGCCGGGGCUUCUACAGAAAGCUUGGGAGAGAGAAGCGGCGUAGUUACGGGUCAUGUAAUCUGUCAAGCGGAAUCGUGGAUUCCUGUACACACGUAGUUUGCAAAAAGGCUGCAGUGGGUACUCCUGCAGAGUGCUAUGGAGAGAUAGCCCAGACCCCUCCUUGACAUCAUGGGCUUCUGGAUACAGCUGGGGCUCCUGCUGUGGAAGAACUUCACCUAUCGCAGGCGGCAGACUAUCCAGCUGGGGAUUGAGCUGCUCUGGCCCCUGUUUCUCUUCUUCAUUCUCAUCUCUGUGCGCUGGUCACACCCUCCAUUUGAGCAGAGUGAAUGUCACUUCCCAAACAAGCCCCUACCCUCGGCUGGCACCCUUCCCUGGAUCCAGGGGAUCAUUUGCAAUGUGAACAACCCCUGCUUCCGCUACCCCACACCUGGAGAGACCCCUGGCCUGGUGGGCAACUUCAACAGCUCCAUACUCUCUCGUCUUCUUGCUGACACGCAGAAGAUCCUCUCCCACUCCAGCAGCCAAUCAUUGCCCGGGGAAUUCCAGCAGCUCCUAUUGGCUCUCCGCAGCCUGAGAGAGAGAAGAGAGGCCUGGCCAAAGUCGUCUGUGAGAGAGUUCCUCCGACAGAACGAAACCUUCUCCCAGUUCCUGUUGGUUAAUGCCAGCCUCCCUCAGAAUGUGGUUGACCAGUUGCUGAAGGCGCAGCUGAACCUGCAAGUGGUGUCCCUGGCCGGCUCAGGCCUGCGUCUCCAGGAGAUUGUGUGCAAUGCUUCCCUGCUCAGCGAGUACCUGCUCCCUGCUGACGGAGCGCCUCUGUCCCUUCUGCAGCCCAGCCUGUGUGCUGUGCCCGCCUCCACACUGCAGACGGCAGAGCGGGUCUUUCUGUCUCAGCUCGACUACAGCCGGCUGCUCACCGAGAGACUGAGCUCCGAUACUGGGAGCCUCCUGGAAGUGACAGAAGCUGUGAACUCCUUCACUGAGGGAUUGGGGGCCAUUCUGUUAGAGUUGUCGGCGCGGAGCAGUUUCUCCCAGUUGAGUGAGGAGCUGAGCAGGCUGUCUCGAGGGAGCACCACCGGCUCUCCGCGUGACCAGUUCAGAGCGGUGUCCCGCAUCGUGUGUGGACACCCCGAGGGGGGAGGGGAGCGCAUCCCCUCACUGAACUGGUACGAGGACAACGACAUCAAGGCCUUCCUGGGACGCAAUGACACUGAAGAGAGAGAGGUGCAGCUAGACAAUAACACCACCCCGUACUGCAGGGAUCUGAUCCGCGGCCUGGAGUCGAACCCGCUCUCCCGUAUCAUCUGGCGUGGGAUCAAACCUCUGUUCAUUGGGAAGCUGCUGUACACACCUGACACGCCAGCCACACGCAGCAUCAUGAAAGAGGUUAACCGGACGUUCGAGGACCUGUCGGUGCUGGAGGAGGUGAGAGGGGCUUGGCAGGAGCUUGGACCACGAAUCAGGACCUUUAUGGAGAGCAGCCUGGAGAUCCAAAUGCUACAGGACCUGUUGAAGACCCCAGAGGUCGCUGGCCUUGUUGACCUUCGCCUUGCGGACACUUCCUGGACUGCGGCCCGCAUUGCCCACUUCCUGUCCACUAGGCCCCCUGAGGCUGGUUCCAACUCUACCUGGAGAGACACGUACCGGGAGGUGGACGAGAUAGUGACCACUCUCUCCCAGUUUAUCCAGUGCGUGUCCCUCAAUAAGCUGGAGGCCGUCCCCACAGAGGAGCGACUGGUGUCCCGGGCCCUGGAGCUGCUCGAGGAGAGGCAGUUCUGGGCGGGGAUCGUCUUCCAGCUACAGGACGUCCCGCCCCCAAACCUGCCGCCCCACCUCACCUACAAGAUCCGCAUGGACAUCGAUGACGUCACUCGAACCAACAAGAUCAAAGACCGGUUCUGGGACCCCGGGCCGGCAGCGGACCCCUUCAGUGACCUGCGCUAUGUGUGGGGGGGCUUUGUGUAUGUGCAGGACCUGGUGGAGCAGGCUGUGACGAGGGUCCUGAGCGGGGGCCGGGCCCCUCGCACUGGGCUGUACCUGCAGCAGAUGCCCUAUCCCUGCUACGUGGAUGAUGUGUUCCUGCGGGUGCUGAACCGCUCGCUGCCCCUCUUCAUGACCUUGGCCUGGAUCUACUCGGUGGCCAUGAUCAUCAAGGGUGUGGUGCACGAGAAGGAGGCACGACUCAAAGAGACCAUGAGGAUCAUGGGCCUGAGCAACGGUACUCUGUGGAUCAGCUGGUUCAUCAGCAGCCUCCUGCCCUUCCUGGUCAGCGCAGCCUUACUCAUUCUCAUUCUCAAGCGAGGAGACAUUCUGCCCUACAGUGACCCUGCAGUGAUCUUCCUCUUCCUGGCGACCUUCGCCACGGCGACCAUCCUGCAGUGCUUCCUGAUCAGCACGCUGUUCUCGCGAGCAAACCUGGCGGCGGCAUGCGGUGGGAUCAUCUACUUCUCCCUGUACCUGCCCUACGUGCUGUGUGUGGCCUGGAGGGACCACGUCACCUUCACAAUGAGGAUAUUCGCUAGCCUGCUAUCUCCUGUAGCCUUCGGGUUUGGCUGUGAGUAUUUCUCUCUGUACGAGGAGCAGGGCGUGGGUAUCCAGUGGUCUAAUCUGGGUUCCAGCCCUGUCGAGGGGGAUCGCUACAGCUUCAGCACCUCCAUCCUGCUCCUGCUGGUGGACGCAGUGAUCUACGGCCUGGCUACCUGCUACAUAGAGGCUGUCUUCCCGGGUCAGUUUGGGAUUCCGAAGCCCUGGAAUUUCCUGUUUCUCCGGAGUUACUGGUUCGGGGAGUCUCUCUCGGAUGUUCCCCUGUCAAUUCCACCCACCAACAAGGAAGAAGUGUGUCUGGAGGCUGAGCCAAGUCACCUCCCCCUGGGAGUGUCCAUCCAGAACCUGGUGAAGGUGUACAGCUCCGGGGCCAAGCUGGCCGUCAACGGGCUGAACCUCAACUUCUACCAGGGCCAGAUCACCUCCUUCCUGGGGCACAACGGGGCAGGCAAGACCACCACCAUGUCCAUCCUCACUGGAUUGUUCCCCCCCUCUGCUGGGACGGCCUAUAUCCAGGGAAAGGACAUCCGCACGGAAAUGGACUCCAUCCGGAAAACCCUGGGAAUGUGCCCUCAGCACAACGUCCUCUUUGACAUUCUGACCGUGGAGGAGCAUGUCUGGUUUUACGGGCGUCUGAAGGGCCUCACAGAGGAGGAGGUGACGGCAGAGCUGGGGCGCAUGCUGGAGGAUGUGGGGCUCCCUCACAAGCGCAGGGAGCAGACCAAGAACCUCUCAGGUGGCAUGCAGAGGAAGCUGUCGGUAGCCAUUGCCUUCAUUGGGGGGUCCAAGGUGGUCAUCCUGGACGAGCCCACGGCUGGGGUGGACCCUUACUCUCGCAGGGGCAUAUGGGACCUGCUGCUCAAGUACCGCAAGGAGCGCACCAUCAUACUCUCGACUCACUACAUGGAUGAGGCGGACCUGCUUGGGGAUCGCAUCGCUAUCAUCUCCCAGGGACGCCUGUGCUGCUGUGGCUCUCCCCUCUUCCUGAAGACCCAGCUGGGGAUGGGAUACUACCUGACCGCUGUGAAGAGAGACUCGGAGACGAGACCCCCAAACAGUGCCAGCGCUGGGAGCAUCGCCCUCGCCAGGGGGAAGAAGGGUGACGGUGAGUCUGACAGGAGUUCAGACACAGGACUGGGCAGUGAGCAGUGCAGUGAGAUCAGCUCAGCUGAUGUGCCAGGCCUGUCUGCUCUGGUGCGGCGCUGGGUGCCGGGGGCUCGGCUGGUUGAGGAUGUGGGCAGGGAGGUGGUGUUUAAUGUCCCGUACAGAGCGGCCCGGGAUGGCAGCCUGGCAGACCUGCUGAGAGAGCUGGACUGCAGGCAGGGAGAGCUGGGCGUGUCCAGCUACGGGGUCUCCGACACCAGCCUGGAGGAGGUCUUCCUUAAGGUGGCGGAGGAGACCGGGGUGGAUGCAGACCCUGCAGACGAGGUGCUCCCGGAGCAGAGAGACCACGUCCCGGCAGACCCCCUGGAGACGGACAGCGACACUGGAAAGAAAGUGCCACGCAAACAAGAGGCACAGGAGACAGACCUCCUGAGCAGGGAGGGGAAAGGCUCGGCCCCCCUGCUCGGCUGGGCUCUGACCCUGCAGCAGCUGCGCGCUCUCUUCAUCAAGAGGCUCCUGUACGCCCGCCGCAGCCGACGAGGAUUCCUCGCCCAGAUCGUUCUGCCAGCUGUGUUUGUGUGCGUCGCCCUGCUCUUCACCCUCAUUGUCCCCCCGUUUGGGAAGUACCCCCCUCUGGAGCUGCAGCCCUGGAUGUAUGGAGAUCAGUUCACCUUCUUCAGUGAUGACGCCCCAGAGGACCCAGGCAGUGGAGCCCUGCUCAGCGCCCUGCUAGGCUCGCCCGGGUUUGGAACCAGGUGCAUGGCAGGGAAGGAGAGGGAGAGGGGGGAGUCUGAGUGUGAGGGUGGAGUGGGAGAGUUUGUCAUACCUCCUGUCCCUCCCUCUGUCAUGGAGCUGCUCAGCACAGGAAACUGGAGCCUGGACAACCCCUCCCCUUCCUGUGAGUGCAGCUCGGAGGAGACGCGCAGGAUGCUGCCCGAGUGUCCGGAGGGAGCUGGGGGGCUGCCCCCCCCACAGGUCAAAAGGAUCACUGGAGACAUCCUGCAGAACUUGACAGGACGCAACCUCUCAGACUACCUGGUGAAGACCUACUCCCAGAUCCUCAGGAAAAGCUUGAAGACCAAGAAAUGGGUGAAUGAGUUCCGGUACGGUGGAUUCUCACUGGGGGCCCGCAGCUCUCAGGUUCUGCCAUCAGUCCAGCAGGUGAACAAAACCGUGCGAGAGAUCCGGGCUUACCUGCAGCUCACUGAGGGGAGUUCUCUGGACAGACUGCUGGGAAACCUCACCAGGUUCAUAACUGGCCUGGAGACACAGAGCAUUGUGAAGGUUUGGUUCAACAACAAGGGCUGGCACGCCAUGGCAUCCUUCAUUAACAUCAUCAACAACGGGGUGCUGCGAGCUAGCCUGCCCCCUGGCACAGACCCCCGCCUCUACGGGAUAACUGCUCUCAACCACCCCCUGAACCUGACCAGGGAGCAGCUCAGCGAAGUGGCGCUGAUGAACACCUCUGUGGAUGUCCUGGUGUCGAUCUGUGUGAUCUUCGCCAUGUCCUUCGUGCCGGCCAGCUUUGUGCUCUUCCUGAUCGAGGAGCGGGUCAGCAAGGCCAAGCACCUGCAGUUUGUCAGCGGGGUGAAGCCCAUCCUCUACUGGCUGGCCAACUUCUCCUGGGACAUGUGUAAUUACACCGUGCCUGCGACUCUGGUGGUGAUCAUCUUCAUCUGUUUCCAGCAGAAGUCCUACGUGUCUCCCACCAACCUGCCUGCUCUGGUGCUGCUGCUGUUUUUUUAUGGCUGGUCCAUCACUCCUCUGAUGUACCCGGCCUCCUUCCUGUUCAGCAUCCCCAGCACCGCCUAUGUGGUGCUCACCUCACUGAACCUCUUCAUCGGGAUCAAUGGCAGUGUGGCUACCUUCGUCCUGGAGCUCUUCACAGACAAGAAUCUGAACGACGUCAAUAACAUCCUGAAGAAAGUCUUCCUGAUCUUCCCCCACUUCUGCCUGGGCCGGGGGCUCAUCGACAUGGCCAAGAACCAGGCCAUGGCCGAUGCCUUCCAGAGAUUCGGUGCCAGUCAGACGCUGUCUCCUUUGUCGUGGGACUUCGUUGGGAAGAACCUGUUUGCCAUGGCCGUGCAAGGGCUGGUCUUCUUCCUCUUCACAAUCCUGCUGCAGUACAAGUUCUUCAUUAACUUCAGGCCCUUCUCUGUGAAGCUGCCCCCUGUUGGUCAGGAGGAUGAAGACGUGGCCCGAGAGAGAGAGAGGGUCAAGAGCGGCCGAGCGAAGGGGGAUAUCCUAGAGGUGAAGGAGUUGACCAAGGUGUAUAGGCUGCAGAGGAAGCCCGCUGUGGACAGGCUGUGUCUGGGGAUCCCACGAGGGGAGUGUUUCGGGUUGCUGGGUGUCAAUGGAGCUGGGAAGACGUCCACAUUCCGCAUGCUGACUGGAGACACCACAGUCAGCAGUGGAGAGGCCUUCCUGAACGGGUGCAGUGUCCUGACGAAUCUGCAGGCUGUGCACCAGCACAUGGGAUACUGCCCGCAGUUCGACGCCAUCAAUGACCUGCUGACCGGCCGAGAGCACCUGGAGUUCUACGCACGACUGAGAGGUGUGCAAGAGGAGGACGUGAGCAAGGUGGCGCUGUGGGGGAUCAGGAAGCUGGGUCUGGUGCAGUAUGCAGAGCGGCCUGCUGGGAAAUACAGCGGGGGAAACAAACGCAAGCUGUCCACAGCCAUCUCCCUGAUUGGAGCCCCGCCUGUUGUCUUCCUGGAUGAGCCCACGACCGGCAUGGAUCCCAAGGCCAGGAGAUUCCUGUGGACCUGCAUCCUGAAUGUCAUCAGAGAGGGCCGCUCCGUUAUCCUCACCUCCCACAGCAUGGAGGAGUGUGAGGCUCUCUGCACCCGCAUGGCUAUCAUGGUGAACGGGCGGUUCCGCUGCCUGGGCUCAGUCCAGCACCUCAAGAACAGGUUCGGAGACGGCUACACCAUCAUCCUGCGUCUCUCUGGGCUCUGUCGGGAGCCCUGCCCAGUGGAGGAGUUCAUGAGCUCAGCAUUCCCCGGGAUCGAGCUGAAAGAGCAUCACCAGAACGUGCUGCAGUACCAGCUGCCCUCCGGUGCCUGCCCCCUGGCCCGCCUCUUCAGAGUCCUGUCCGAGCAGAGAGAGAGGCUGGGCAUCGGGGACUACUCCGUCUCCCAGACCACCCUUGACCAGGUGUUUGUAAACUUUGCCAAGGAUCAAAGCGACGAGGACCAGCUGAAAGAGGUGGUUGUGAAUGGGGUGGAGAGCUCCAAGGACUCCAAACGCAUCACCUUGUUCCUGGAGGACGCUAGUGUUGAGGAGAGCCGGCUGUGAGGCAGGCAAAGAGAGGGGCAGCCGAUGGGCUCCCUCAAGCCUGAGGACCCCAGGAAGUGAUAUUGCACAGCUGGGAUUUCAAUCAGAACUGAGCACUCCAGAUUGCCAGGACUUGUGCUACUCGUGGGUGAAUCCUGGUACUGUCCAUAGGUGCUGUCGGAGCUGGCUCUUGGUUUUGGUGUCAAGGUUACCUGGUUCAAUUCCUACGACCAGCACCAAUCCACAGCAUUUGAAUUGAAGCCGUUGACGAGAUCUCAUUUAUAAAGAAACAUUGUUCUGUUUCCUUGGCAAUUAGAAAAAGUGUGCUAACCAAUGCUUUAAAACCACUAUUGUUGUCUCUCAUUAGUUUUGUGUACAUGAUCUCUGGUCCUCCUUUAUUUGUGCUUGGUUUUGUACCUUAAUUGGGUAUUUUUCAAACAUAUCAAAUGCAACGCUAUAGAGCAGCGGUUCCCAAAGUUUUGAUUAUCACGUACCCCCUUCAAGAGCUAUCAACUGUUUGCGUAUCCUUAGCAUACAGGUUUAUAGUUCAAUGCUAUUUUUAAUAUAUGCUUUCAUAAUACACAUAUAAUACACAUAAACAAUAUAAUACAUUGCUCUGGUGCAAGACUGUGAAGUAGACCCCCCCCCCCCACCAGCACAAGCUUUUGAAAAUAAAUACAUCAGCAGCACUAUCUGAAUCGGUAUAUGUUCCAACAAUACAUAUUCUGAUGUUAUUAUUUUAAGAUGAUUGAACAAGACAGUAAUCAAGUAACAGCCAAAGAUUUUAAUAAAUCAGUGAUGUAACAAGAUUAAUCAAUUUGAUUAAUAACUCGAUGUAGUUAAUAUUGAAACCUAUUAAUAGCUUCAAAUUAGUCACAGAAACGUAUUAAUCGUAGGCAUAGGCAUUCAGUACAACUCAUAAGCGAAACAACAUUCUAUGAACACACAACAAAUUAAUACCCCAAAAGCAUGACAUUUUUUUAAAUACUGAAUUUUACCAUCCGUUGAUUACAUCAGCCAGCAGAGCAAUCACAUGACCUCAGGAACACUGACCUAUUGGCAGAGUGCUCGCUCUGCGCCCCGCCUCCAGAUAGACAAUCUGUUUGUUGGCUCUGAUUUGCGGAUUUGUGUUUUCAUUGACAAAUUGACUCAAGGCUGGGGCCCCAGGGGGGUGCAGCUGCGUCCCUUGCACCCCCCUGAAGCCGGCCCUGUACAUACAAUAUAAAUAACUAUACUAAUAUAAUCAUAUAAUUCAUGCUGUACGGUGAUUGGUGGUGAGGGCUCUCUACGUCGUUGUCUCUCUCUAUCUUUGUUUUCACUGGCACCUCUUGGAGGUUUGUAAUAAACGGGCACGCCAGGGCGGUGGACCCAAGUGUCCCGCAGCUGCGUGAUUGUCUGGCACCGCACAGCCGCUCUUUUUGUUUCUAACUAACCAGCGUCACGUGCCAUUUCACACCAGAAAUUAAAAGGAAUUCCCAAUGAGUUUUAAAGCUUUGUAUGACAAGUCUUAUGAAAAUGCAAAAAAAAUAAAUAAAAUGUUCGCCAUUACACAAUUUGUCCCCCUACACACAUC